AUAAGUUAUUUCUUGGGGUGAGGUUUCCUUUACAGAAACAACAAGUCUGUCCUUCUCUCUUCAUAUUGUGCAUCUAUUUCACUUUCAUGUCUUUGGUUUUUAAUAACAGAAGGUGAUAUACUGGAUUCCAUGGCCAAGGCAGUCCAGAGAGCUUCGGUCGUCCUUGUUUGCAUGAGUCGUAAAUUCAAUGAGAGUUAUCACUGUCGCACAGAAGCGACUUACGCCUACACCCUAAAGAAAGACAUAAUUCCACUGAAGCUUCAAAAUCAAUUCUACCCAGAGGACUGGCUCGGUGCCCUCAUGGGAAUGAAGAAGUAUUACAGUAUGUUUUCAGACGAUCUCAUGAAACAGUACCUACCAAAUCUAGUCCGAGAGCUAGGCGAUAGAGGCAAACGUGAGAAACUAGAUCUGGUCGUGCCGCUUCUUGAUCAGGUCACAGGUGCAAGCAAUCCAACAGCCCAUGCUCAAAGGCAAGGGGAUGGAACAGCGGAAGAUGACGUAGACUGCAGUGGAGGAAUCAAGCAUGACAAACCAACAGGCAAUGAAGACGAGGGGAAUUCCCGCUCGCAAACAGCUGUAGAUCUGGUCAAGUGGGAUGAAAAGGAAGCGGGAACAUGGCUGAGAUCGCAUGGCGUUGAUACGAGCAAGGAUAGUUUCAAGAAAGUAGAUGGCAGCAGCUUGAAGCAGCUCAAGAAAAUGCUAAAUCUGGCUCCAGAAUUUUGCAUGAAGUCUAUGAAAGACGAAUUGGGUCUUGGCUUAUGGGAUGUCCUCGCGCUAGUAGAUGCGUUGGAGAAGCUCUUAAUUUGAAGAAUCAGUCAUGCACCAUUCAUUAAUAGAUGCAAAUAGGAGAUGUUAUUGCCGAAAGGAUUACAAUGAGAGUGGUGGGGCAAUUACAAUUCUCAAAAAGAUUUUUAGAACAACCAAAACAGGGACAGAAUAACGUUUAACAGAACGUCUGAUAAAUUGAUGCAUUCGUCUGAACAAUAAUCAGUACUAAUUUGAUGAGCAGUUUUUUAAUCUACAGGGCGGGUAUGAGAGGUGUUAUCCCCUCGUAAAACAAAGAGAGAGAGAGAGAGAGAGAGAGAGAGAGAGAGAGGGAGUGCUGUAAAUUUAAGAAAUCGUCACUAUUACAGGGAGUGCACUUUGGAUUCUACCAAAAUGACCGGUUUCCAUGAUUUUAUGAUGUAAAUGGUUUUAAAAAUCUAGAUGCCCCACAUAAUAUAAAGUGAGAACGCGUCCUUGUAUUGAAUAAUAAACCUUGAUCUACAACUACUUGCAUCGACGGGGAAUGGAACUCGGUCGCCCACGUAGCAGGCGAACAUUCAUCCACUGAACCACUGAUGUUUACGUUGGAUAGUUUUAUUUCUGUCAAUUCAUUUUGUUACCUUUUUAAAUGCUGGAAACACUUAUUAUUGUGUGUAACUAACCUUUUCAUAGAGAAUACGGAGGCAGGAAGAUGGAGGUUUACCUUCUAUGCCAAAGAAUAAAACAGAAUGCUUUAAACAGUGUCUUCAUUAAUAGCAUGUUAUCAAUUUGACAGAUCAUUGAAGAAAAACAAGGCCCCCUCUCUGAACACUUUUAAAUACAUGUUCAAACAAUCUUGUAAUGUCCGUUCCCAAUAAAAGAGAAUGCCGAGGGGUUUCUUUUCCGUUUCGCCGUGAUUGAUUUUAAAUUUUAAAUUCUCAUUGUAUUCCAACGUAUAUUUAUCAUUGGUUUAUGAUGCGUUUACAAUAAAAUACAGCUGUAUGUCCAGUUCUUAUAUCCAUCCUCGUACUUGAUGGACCUUGCUUCAUAGUUCUCAUAAUUUAGGAUGGCAUGAAACUUUUUAAAUUGAAUGAAUGACAUCAUUCACUAUCAGCAUGAAAGAUAUUGGUAUGUUAAAUUGUUCACUAUAGUUUGUAUAUCCAAAUGCUAUAUUAAUUCCAAUCAACGUUUAUUACUAUUACAUGUACUUUGUAGUUAUGCUUUGUAAAUAUGUAUAUUGCGAUUAUGAUAUCUGGAGUUUGGACUAUUUUGAGCCAAAAUUGUCUUUCUCCUGUCUUAUAAAAUAAUGAUUAUAGUUCAAUCACCUGAAAACUAAUUACCGUCUUUAUAUGUAAUACGAUAGUAUCAUUAAGGGGACAUUUAAUAAGUUGCCUCACUGAAGACCACCCGUAAAGGUGAACAUAAGCUACCCUGUACAAAUAUCAGAAAUAUAUGAAUAAAUAAGAAAAUACUUUCAACUAAUGUAAAAUUAGUGGUUUAGAUUUGCUAAUACAGUGGGAAUUGUGUAAAAUUAAAAAAUAGAGAAUGAAGUGUGAAAUAUUCUAUUGAUUGUAACAGAAAGAAGGAAUGUUAUAUAGAAUAUCUUGAAUCAAUAUAUAAAAAUAUGUGUCAAGAUUAUGAAUACAAUGUAUGUUAUAUAUUAAGUGUAAGAUUUUAAAAGAAUUGUAUGGAAUGGGAUACAUUUAUCGGCUGAGCCAGUAAAAUGUCUGGGGAUAUAUUUAAGUAAAAAAUAAAUAAUAAAGUUGUGGCUUAAAAUUGGGAUAGGAAAGUUAUCUUAGAUAUGUGGGGAAAGUGUAAUUCAUUACGGUGAAAAUCAAAAUAUGUAAUUUUUAAACAUCUAUUAAUUAAUUUAGCUUUUCAUGUUUUAUAUACACAAAAGAGGAAAUGUAAUUUUGCAUACAUAUUCCAAAUUUAUGCAAAGGAAAUAUUGUGGAGGGCAGAGGUUAGAAAUUAAUAGGCCUAACUCUGGAAAAAAAGGAAAUUAUGUUACGUAUAAUUGAGUUUGUGAUAUAAGUAUAGUUCAUCUGUUUUUUUCUUUGUUAUCAUUAUAAUUGAUUUACUUUGUACCUUGGUCAUAAUUGAGAUAUGUAAAUAUGCACUUUGUUACAAAUAUUGACAAUGAAAUAUUAUGGAAUAAUAGUAAACUACUUUUGAUAACCAUACAUUGCAUUUUAAGUUAUGGGAACAAAUUGGGAUUUUUAAAGUUAAUAUAUGAUUGAUCAAGGGCAUUGGAACGAUGUGGAUAUCAUGUGUCCAAAAUAUAAGUUCCCAAAACUGUUUUGUUUUCUUCAACUUUUCAAAGGUGAAGAAAGCCUUUCCAAAAGUGUGGGAUGAUUACCUACGUAUUGGUUUGUUCCAAUUACGUCACUCUAAAUGCAUACAAAUAUCAACGGGUGAUGAUAUUGAUAUUUUAAAGAUCUACUAAUUCUUUGUGCAGAAAAAAGAGGAAAAGUUGAUUGUUUAGCAAUGCCCUUCGAUUUUCAUUGGAAUCUAGUAUUGAUUUUUUAAAGUUUAAUGCUAUAAGUGAUAACAGAAUCAAACAAUUUAAUUUUAAACUUUUGCAUAUGUUUUUACCGUCAAAAUGUAAUUGAUAUAAAUGGAAAUUUCAAAAUGAUUAUGUAUGUGAAGAUUGUAAUACCAUUGAAACAUCACGCCAUACGAUGCUUUGGAGAAAUCAAAAUAAUACAGUUUUUAAAAAUAUAUUAAUUACUUUUGCUUCUUAUAUUUUAUAUACACAAAAGAGAAAAUGUAAUCUUACAAACAUAUUCUAAAUGUCUUUAAAGGAAAAUGUUAUGGAGGGCAGAUGUUGAAAAGUAUCACCUCUGGAAAAAAUAUGUAAAUUAGG